UUAUUAAAGGAACGAUGUUUCUUGCCCAACAAAAUCUUAUUUGUUUCUCUUUGGGUGGGUCCUCCAAAAGAUUUGCUGUCACUUGCUGCUCUAUAUAACAUCCAUUACCAAUCCCUCACCAAAAGUCCCCUCCCCCCCUCUCAUCUUUCCUUUAAUCCUCAGUUUGCUUGCUUUAGCAGCUUCUUCAUCUUCCUUUCCUUUUCAGACAAACCGAGGGUUUCAUCCCGAUAUCUAGAACGUGCGCUCAUAUAGUCGAGAAUCACAUAAGGAAGCAUGAAAGAAAGCGGAGGUAGGAAGCAAGGGGCAGUGUCUCCCUGCGCGGCUUGCAAGCUGCUGAGGAGGAGAUGCGCGCAGGACUGCGUGUUCGCUCCUUACUUCCCCGCCGAUGACCCUCAGAAGUUCGCCAGCGUCCACAGAGUCUUCGGGGCCAGCAAUGUCAACAAGCUCCUGCAGGAAUUGCCGGAACACCAGCGGAGUGAUGCGGUGAGCUCCAUGGUGUACGAGGCCAACGCGAGAGUGCGGGACCCUGUGUACGGGUGCGUCGGAGCCAUCUCGUCUCUACAGCAGCAGGUCGACGUCCUCCAAAACCAGCUGGCGGUCGCGCAGGCCGAAGUGGUCCACAUGCAGCUGCGGCAGGGCGUCUCCUCGAACUCGAGGGAGUCCGGGAGCUCGCCCUCGUCCCGAGCCAAUAACUCUCACCAGCAGUCAUCCUAUUAUUCGAUGGACAUGGAGGAGUCUCUAUGGAGCUAGCUUGACCUCUACUCCAUGGCCAUUUUUAACCCCAUGCAUGCUAGCUAGCUACCUCUCUCUCUUCCCUUUGUCGUAUCAUUGGGCCGAGCUUGCGUGUGUGUUGUCUAUCUGAUCCGCACGGUGUUUUCCCUUAAUUUCUUCUGUUGCAUAUUAAUAUUUUGUACAAUAUAUCUCCUCUCAUAGAAAAUCUCUAUCUGACCCGAAGUCGAUCUCUAUGUAUGCGAUCUUGACUGCAUGCCAUGUAACAUAAUAUGAUGACCUACAUAUAAUAUUGAUGAUAUAUAUAAGAUAGAUAUUUAUAUGUA